CUUCCCCCUCCUCCCCUCAUGUUCGACGCAACACCAUCUUGCUCAACACAUCUGACCAUCAUCUUUACCCCGCCCCGCCCCCACACACACACGCCGCUUUCAGAUGAACUACCUGACUGGAGAUGGGACGUAUGUGUGGUUGGCAGCCGUGCUCACGGGCACAUAUGGCAUCCCGCUGUUGUACAACUUUUACAACAUUGUCGACCAGCUGCAAGAGGACGUGAAGAACAAGUUCCUCAAGCCAAACACCGUCAUGCAGGUGAGCAGCGGGUCGUGGCUCCUGUUCUUCACCCACGCGGCCGUCCUCCUCAGCUGCGUCUGGCUCGCGCGCAGACCGGGCGAGAACGUCCGCAGGGGUGCUAUGUGA